UCUUCCUCCCACCAGGCUUGGGUCCAGCCUGUGUGGUCUGUCGCGUUGAGAUGUGCUCUCCUCCGCGGUUGCUAAGGAGAUGGGUGGUUCCAACGGAACCGCGGUCCGGGCUGAAUCGUCCCCCUCAACAGCUUGCCAUAAUUUUGUGUGCAAACCACGUGUGUGUUUACCGGAAUCAUUGCAAACAACGUGACGCGUCAGCUCUGCAGCAGCAGCAGUCAGGUCCAGUGGAGUUGCAGCCAAAGAGCUGAGGAACCAAGGAUUUGACUGGAAACUGCUAGACGGGUGGACUAACGGAGGGAAGAGACACAGCCGAACAAGCAGGGGUCGGCGAAUGCUACCUGCCGAGGACGUCGGCUGAGGCUUGAUAACGGAGUAUGGCAUCAACAGGCAUGCAGAUAUUUGGAUUUGUGCUGGCGCUGCUGGGCAUCAUGGGUGCCAUGGUGGCCACUCUGUUGCCCAAUUGGAAGGUCAGCGCCGACGUGGGCUCUAACAUCAUCACAGCCAUCUCCCAGAUGCAAGGACUGUGGAUGGACUGCACGUGGUACAGCACGGGAAUGUUCAGCUGCACACUGAAGUACUCCGUGCUUUCACUUCCUGCAUAUUUGCAGACGGCCCGCACCACCAUGGUGCUGUGCUGUGUACUGGCGGCCAUGGGCCUUUGCCUUGCAUCCCUGGGACUCAAGUGCACGCGCUGGGGAGGAGGGCGGCGGUCCAAGCGGCAUGCGGCUAUUGCCAGCGGUGGUUGCUUCGUUGCAGCUGGCUUUCUUUGUCUGGUGCCUGCUUCCUGGUUUACGAACGAGGUCAUCACAAACUUCCUGGACUCCACUGUGCCCGAGAGCAAUAAGUUUGAGCCUGGCGGGGCUGUGUACGUGGCCUUUGUUUCCGCUGGGUUUCUCCUAAUGGGGGGGUCCAUCUUCUGCAUGUCUUGCUCGGGGAAAAGACAUGGCCCACAGGACUUGGUCCUGCUCCCCCCGCCUGACAAAUUGCUUCUGCAGCAACAGCAGCAACAGCUGCUCCAACAACAAGAACUUCAGCACCAGUAUUGCUCUCUCUCCCCUUUAGACAAUAAGACUGGCUAUAGCCUGCAGGACUAUGUGUAGGAAACUAGCUGGCACGAGUGGUAGACUACCGCGGCUUAUGCUACAAGAGUAGGUUGUGCUCCACACAGGUGGGGAAAAUAUGAGAGAGAGAAUAACCAGCCACUGCUCUUGCCUUUUUUCCUGUUUUGCAAGCACAAGCAGUGGAGGUAAUCCAUGAGCAGCACCUUGGAACGAACAGAGCAAAGGUAUCAGGAGCUGCACAAUCGAAGGGAGCUGCUAACCAAAAUGCAAGACAUCUUUCAUCGGUAAAUGACUGGGAGCGUUCCAUAAGCAAAGGAUUAAGCAAAUGAAGAUUUUUCCCCCACACCAAAGGUUUAAAUCAAAAGAAAAAGCAAUCACUUAGGCUGCUAUUUACAAUCGUUUUGAUUCCUCUCAAUUAACAUCCAACAGAGUAGGUUGAAAUCCUUUCAUAAAUGGCCAUAUUUUUGUUUGCUGUUCCAGUGACGUCUUGCCACUAAGCAUGCUGUGUGGAGCCUGUCUUGUGUGUUAGUAAAGCGGAAUGCCCGGUAGAAGUCCGAGACGUAACCAAGCAAUAUGCCUGUGCCUGAAAAAUGAUGUAAAGAUAUUGGUGAGCUGUAAAGUGUUCAAUGAGGAGGAGGAGGAGGAGAAGGGGGAGGAGACAUGGGCUGCUGGGCAGGCUUUGAGAAAACGCAGACAAACAGAUGCCUGCUCUCCUCUCAGCAGGUGUGGGAGACGGGGAGAAACAAACGGCAAAGAAAUUGAACCUUUGAGUGGAAUGAGCCUAUGUGGGCUGUUGUCUUAUUGCCAUCUAGGCAGAAACACCCUGUCAGUGAACUGCCCAUUCCAGCCCAUAUAACCAUUCUAGACACACAUGCACCAGUGCCCUGUCACACAUGCACACGCUCACGCCUACGUAUGAGUUUGUGUGUCCUUUUAGAAAAUAAAUGCUUGCUUUUUUGCAUGUGUUUUGCCCCAGCCAUCCUGCUCCACAGCCCCAUGGAAACCAAAUUAUUGUCUGAGAGCUGGCGCUUGUCAGCCAAGUGAUUUGUUUAUGACGGGACGUCUUUUCUUGUCUCUUCCCAUUGUGUCCAUAAGCUUCAAUCAGAGCCUGUGUGCACACUACUUAGCCUAAUCUCCCUCUUUAUUAGCCAGUAUGAAGAGGCAGCAACCAUGUACAUUUUUUUAAGAAUGCCCAAACACAUUUAGUCGUACAAACAUGAAGCCUCCUGCGCCGUGGUCGCCGGGCUCGCUACGUGGCAGGUAGCUAAAAAAGGUUUGAGUCAUUCUCUAUAAGUGACUUGUUUUCCAAGCAUGUCAACAUUGGAUCUGCACCUGCAGAAGCUCUCAAUGUCCAAAAUAGGAGCCACUUGACUGCUGCUUUUCUUACCUAGCUGUCACCAUACACUCUCCUGCUUCCGUCACAUGUCACAUGGUUGUGGCUGCUGACAGGGGAACGCUGAUGCAUGUUGAAAGCAUGACCUCCCACAUACACACAAAAAUCCCACCUCCUCAAAUGUCAGGGGCACUGUUGCUUUUUCAAUCAUUCCUGUUGUAGUGUGAGUCGAGUCUUUUUGAAAGGACGAGGGAGGUGUGGGGGAAGGAAUAUUGGAUUUGUGAUUGAGACAGGCUGUGAUGCAAAUGACCGCACACUUCCCUCCUUCUCUCUCAUUAACCCACAGCUUCCUGUGGGGGGAGCAGAUAGCUAAGCCCAGCUUGCCACCUGCAGGCCGAUGCUGGCACACCACAAGGCAUCACUGUGAGCAUCAUCUCCAGUCUUGGCAGCCCUCAGGGGCCAGGUUUCUAUACACCAUCUUGUCCCAGCAUAUCCAACAGAGCCUGCCUGCUGACAAAAACUCAGUGCCCAGGCACCAGAACCAAUGCAAUAAACAAAAAGGCUAAGAAUGUGCCAUGUCAUCUACUAAUACUGACAUUUUUGUGUUUUAAGAAUGUGCCAAAUACUGUAGUUUCAUGAUAACACAUUUUAUUACUAUCUUGACUCCUCUGUCUUUAUUUUUUUACCGUGUUGUUUGUACAUGAAUUGUACAUUAGCAAAUGUUUUAUGGAGUUGUUCUGCCAGACUAAGUCUCAAGUCGACUAGAUGCUUGUGUGCAGUCGUAGGCAGCUUUCGAGGGUUAUUUCCAAUCCUCUUUAUUCCUGAUUUCCCUAAAGCACAGUGAGAUUCACUAAGUCUGAGUGCAGAGAGGACUUGAGGGUGGUAUUUUCAAAAUUUAUUUCAGGAAUAUUUAAAACUCUGUGGCAACUGUACACAAGUGUCUAGGUGUUCAUUAAUGCUAAGGGACUUGGAAUUUCCUCAGAAUGUUUCAAUAGAAGAUACAAUACCCUGACCAUGCCAUAUCUUCUUUAUAAGAAGAAUACUCAAAUGCACCUUUUUUGUGUUACUAUUUUGGGACUAGUUUGUUUCAAAUGGUUGAGCAUUUCAAGCUCCCUGCACCAGUACAAAUACAACACAAGUGGCACUCUGGAAAAGGAAAAAGGAAAUGAUGUCUGACUGACCGCGCCAGCAGGGAGUUGUGAACAAGCGGUUCCUCUUUUUUGUGUCUGUGUAGCUUGAUAUCAGCACGCAAUUUCAUUAGCUUAGAAAUGGGCUGAGUGCAAAGUUGUUCUAAGAGUUACAAAUGUGAAUAGGAAAUGUACCAAGAUAGUAUGUUUUUGAUAAACUGCAGCUUAUUUUUGUGGAUGCUUUAGCACUUCUUAUUUUGCCAGAGCAUAUUUGUGAUGAUGAGCAGCUCACAAGUUCUGAUACAGUUGUCUCAAUGUGCUUGUGCAAGUAGUUCUAUU